CGAUCGAUAGACUUCAAAGAUUGUAAAAAGUUUUAUGACAUCCAUCUGGAGCCAGGAGACUGACUGAUCGAUCGGCACAUCUACUGGAACCUGAAGAAACCUGGGGCAAGGCGAGAAAGGUUCUCCUUUUGACAUAGAAAGAUGGGCACUCCAGAUGAAGAUGACUACCAACAAUUGAUUGAUCCCACCCUGAGGGACUAUCAACAUUUCCCCACUUCACUCAGUACUCCACCCCACACACCCUCGUCGAAGAAAGUGCCCACUGAAUAUUCUCAACAAGGAUUCACCUCAUCAUCCACUUCACUUCCAAGGGAUGGAGGCCUUAAGAUACAUUCACCAAAUCCUUAUUAUCAGCCAGGCAUCCUACCGCCAAGAAAUUUAGAACAGAAUAUUCAGACGAGGCUCCACCGAUCCACCUCUUCUGCUUCUCUUGCCCCCGCAUCUCCUCCUUCUCCCUCGGAUAGUAAUCCAACUAAUCCUCAGACAACUACAUUAAAUCUCUCUAACCACCUAUCAACUCGCCGACCCAGACUGGGCCCGAAUCCUUCUCUCCAAGAUCUGAAAUCAGCUUCAAUCAAGCAUGCUCAUCCACUUCCAAUCCCCACUGGGUAUCUUCCGAAUUCAAUCAAGAGUCCCGCUUCAUAUUCUGCUGGCCAUCAAACAGACCCAACGACGAUAAGCCAUGACUUUCAGGGAGAAAAAGACCACACCAGCCAAACAUUCAGGAGCCAAAAUCAGCACAACAACAACAACAACAGACUGGAGUUUGGAGAACAAUGGAUGAUCAAUAACGAAAACUACGAAAACAAUCAGCUGAGCGAGGAGGACGCGAAACCCAACAAUAAGAUCUCGGCAGAUCUAGAUUAUUCGCUCAGGCGAUUAAUCAACUUGGAUGUCUUUCGCAAACUGCUCGAGGAUCCCACAAGCAGACGCGCGUUUCGACAGGCCAUCAUCCUCGGCCUCUCCCCCUCGUCUUCUUCCGCCGCUCCCCCAAGCGUCUCUCUCACUAAACUCGACCUCUGGCUCGACUGCAGAGGCGUCAAUCAGAUCCUUAAUCUCCUGAAGAUUGGCACUCACGGCUUGAUUGAUGUCUACUUGAAAGACCCGGACUCGCGACACGCGUUGCAUGCGAUCUUACCAGACUCCAUGAGCAUAGGAGGAGGGGCAUUCAACAGUCUGCUAUCAUCCAUCAACCGACUCAAACUUCUCGCAAACGAAGAACAAGAAGAAGAACAAAAUGACGAUAGAAUUGGAACCGAUCGGGACGGAACGGAGGAGGAGGGGGUUGUGGAGGGCGGUGUUGCCUCAACAGGCGGCUUAAAAGCUAUCGAAAAUCGGCUCCUGAUUUCCUUGUAUCAGAACGAAUUUCCUCUGUUUAUUAAGAAAAACUUGGUCUCGAAUGUCGUCGUCAAGUUGGGCAAAUUCAAUUUGAACGAAAGUGAUCGGGAUGGAUUAGGCGAUUGUUUCUGUCUAACCAACCCAAGACUAAGAGAUCAUCCCAUCGUGCUCGUUUCGGAUGGUUUUACGAAGGUGACUGGGUAUGAACGACAGGCGAUCGUUGGCAAAAAUUGUCGGUUUCUUCAAGGGCCUGGAACUUCUCCUGAAAGCGUCCAGAGAAUUCGCGAUGGAUUGAACUCGGGCGAAGGAUGUACCGAAUUGUUACUGAAUUAUCGGAAAGAUGGGACUCCGUUUUAUUGUUUGUUAUGUAUCAUCCCUUUUCGAGACGUAACUGGAGCCUUAAUAUAUUUUAUUGGCGGGCAGAUCAAUGUGACCGGGAUGCUUUCAAGCCAGAAGGGUCUAUCAUUUCUGAUGGCCAACAACGAGGAUGCCUAUUCGCAUGGAACAAAUGAGCUGUCCCGAAGUACGGGACGAAGUGCCGGUCGAAGCACUGAUGACUUACUGGACCAUGUCGGAUUAAGCCAGCAUUCUUUUUCGCCGACGAUGCAGCAUUUUGCUAUGAGAGGACAUCCCACCAAUAAUGUCUCCGAACAAACAACAUCCUCAAGGGAUCUUGCUGACAGUACCGAUGUACGAGGCAACCCCACAAUGGGAGGAGAAUAUCAUGCCGCUGGCUCGAUCACCUUCGACGACUUUGACCCGAACUUCGGCAAAGAUAACUCGGCUUUUCGUGCUAAAUCUUCCAGCUUCUUUCGUCGCUUGGCUGGCAUUCAUCAUCGCGACCCAACCAACAAAAACUUGGCUUCUCCUUAUCUACACUCGCCGUCCACUUCUUCGAAAAAGGAAAGUCAGAAACUCCUCGGCGCCGAAACCUUGUUCCACGAGCCCAAACCUUUAUCGGAUCACAUCAAACAAUUCGAAUCUACCUAUUCACAUCUAUUGGUCUUUCAACAAGAUUCUAGACGCGUGAUCUUUGCAACAAAAGAAGCGAUUGCUUUGUUUGGAUUAAACCACUCGAAUUCGAAAGAGAUAUACAAAUCGAAAUUGAUCCAGACUGAUUUCCUGGAACUAGUAUGGCCGGUAAACACUACAAACAAGGAAAGCGUGGCGACCCUUCGUGCUCAUUUGAAAAAAAUCAUCAAGGCUGGCUUGCCCAUCAGUUUUGACUGUCAAGUCAAAUCAAUUCAAAGAGGUUUCUUCCUAUCCAUAACCAAAGAGGAAGAUCCAUCCAAAUUGGUUACGACUAGGAUCCAUUUGACUCCUCUAAUGGACAAGGAUGGAAAAAUUGUUGCCUACGUUUGCUUAUUUGGGUAGAUAUAGCCUCUGAAAAAAAGUAUAAUUUAUCUUUGAGUUAAUUCCUUGAACUAUUUAUUUGCAUGCUCAUGCAUCAAAGUAUUUAUUUGUUUAUAUAUCCAACUACCCUGUUAUAUUAGUAAUUGUUAAUCUGUUUAUUUGUUCACUUGCUGGUUA